GCUCUCUCGGGACGCUCAUGCGAAAAAUCCGACUCUGAAUGGCUGGAUUGGCUCGCAUGGGCCGGAUGACGUUUGGGAGGAGCUCUGCCCUUUCGAUCGUCCUUCUCCUCAGACGUUCACGCUUCAUUCCGAGCUUUGAGCGUCCUCUGCCCCUAUCGUCGAGCUCUACAUCCUUUGCCCUGGCUACAAUCUCGCUCUGCACAUUUAUCUGACCUGAUUACAAAGAUCGGACAAGAUGGGUCGCCGUCCCGCUCGCUGCUACCGUUACUGCAAGAACAAGCCCUACCCGAAGAGUAGGUACAACCGUGGUGUCCCGGAUCCGAAGAUUCGCAUCUUCGAUCUCGGUCGCAAGCGUGCCUCUGUGGACGAGUUCCCCUUCUGCUGCCAUCUUGUCUCCGAUGAGUACGAGCAGUUGAGCUCGGAGGCGCUCGAAGCCGCCCGUAUUUGCGCCAACAAGUACGUCACGAAGACCUCCGGCAAGGACUCCUUCCACUUGCGUGUCCGCGUUCACCCCUUCCACGUCAUCCGCAUCAACAAGAUGUUGUCUUGCGCUGGUGCCGAUCGUCUGCAGACCGGUAUGCGUGGUGCCUGGGGUAAGCCGUACGGCACGGUCGCCCGUGUCAACAUCGGCCAGAUCAUCCUUUCCAUCCGCUGCAAGGAGGCCAACGCCCCCGUCAUCAUGGAGGCCCUCCGCCGCGCCCGUUACAAGUUCCCCGGCCGCCAAAAGAUCAUCGUCUCCAAGAAGUGGGGCUUCACCAACGUCAACAAGGAGCAGUACCAGGCCCUCAAGGCUGAGGGCCGUGUCUUGCAGGAUGGUGCCUACGUACAGUUCAUCCGGCCGAAGGGCCCUCUUAUGCAGAACCUCAAGAACCAGCUCCGCGCUCAGUAGAGUGUGUUGAUGCUCGGUCCUUCAUGUAUAUGCAUCUGCAUUGUAUCUCUUAUGCUAUGACGUCUGCACGCCGCUGCAUUGAGUGAGUUCGA